GUUUAUUGUCGAUAUAACCGAACAAUCGGUUAAAAUCGAUCGAAUAUUCUAUAAACAAAUAUUAGCAUCACAUAAGUAACUUACGUAACUAUAAUCUUCUAUUUGUUUAACAGCAGGUUAGAUAUCGUGGAAGAGAUAUCGUCUGUUGAAGUAUGAAUUUUAUCAGUGUCUUUAUUUUCACGUGUGUGUCGUAUCAACUUGCAAAAGGGAAGAUGAUGCUGUUCGAUUUUACAAAUGCGCAAAGCGUGGACGAUUGGCGGGAAAUGUCCGACACCGUCCGAACCGUAGGAAAAUCGAAAGCUGCGUUAACGCUGCAAACAAGUCAGCUUUUUCAGCGAGCAGUCUUCUUCACGUUGCUGAAUCCACAAUCAAAUGGAGCUGGUUUCGCCGGUGUUAGAAAGAUGACAAAUCUCGAUUUGUCCGGAUUCAAGAAUAUCGAGAUAACUUGUCGAGCGCAGGGGCAAAAUAAUCAUUACAAAAUAUGUCUCAGACACCGAGGGCAGAACUCAGAUGUGGAUUUCAGCUACGAACAAUUUUUCACGGUGAAAAGUUUUUAAAAUUAAAUGUUUUUUACGACUUAUUGUUUUUUUUUUUUUU